GGAAAUUGAAUUUGGCUGGCAGCCUCAUCUGCUGGCUAAUAUAAGUCGAUGAAAUCAUCUUCCAUGUAUGAGAGAAUGUUGCGUCUCUAGUAUGCACCAUGCUAGCUUAUAGCAGGCCCAUAUUGAUUCUCCUGGCAUUUCAGGUGCACGGCUUUUACGCUGUGCCUAUCCCAAAUGCUACCUGUACCCUGCCACCUUCCAGCAACUCUUCGUUGUCUCUCACGCAAGGCUGGACGCCAUCGGCUUCUGGUCGAGGGACGAUCGAUAUUGUGUGGAGUUGUGCGGUCACGAUGUUCCUUUGCUCUUGGUCUGUUCUAUGCCUUCAAGUCCCAUCGGAGAAAGACACGCGAUUUGAUAUACUUUGGCGCAGAUGUUGGUUGACCUUCCUUUGUGCACUGGGUCCUGAGUUUACGUUACAGUUGGCAAUGGGUCAAUGGUCAUCCGCGCGGCAGUCCGUCAAAGACUUUCAUGCCUCCGGGUUUACUGAAUGGACUAUGAAGCAUGCCUUCUAUGCCAACUCUGGCGGGUUCAAACUUCGCACUCCCGACGACUUUACGAUUCCGAUCGAUGCGAAACAACUUCUUUAUUUAAUCAACCACAACUAUAUCGCCUACCCUACCUUAUCCGUGCAAGACAUUGAGGACAAGAACAAAGUGGAUCUGCUUCUCCGGCUCAUCUCGAAUGCUCAGACCAUAUGGUUUUGCAUCACUGUAGUUGCUCGAGGGGCAGAAGGCUUGGUUAUCACAGGAAUGGAGCUCACAACGGCAGCGUUUAUUCUCUGCAGUUUCGGCACAAGUUUCUGCUGGUGGAACAAAGGGGCAGAUGUGGCAGUAUCGGUGAAGCUGGAAACAACAUCUACCAUGGUCCAGAUUGUGAAAGAUGCGGGGGAUGCAGCUGCAGCACCUUAUCACCGCACACCUCUGGACUUCAUCAGUCGAGAAGAAUGGCAUUGGUCUCUGUACUGGACACACUGGAUCAACAUCCUUCGAGUGAUGCAUAUCAACUUUGCACCACGAGCCUUACCCCACGAUAGACUCGAAAACACCAUUUGGCUCAAUAUCACAGCGCGAGGCGCGUUUCCAGCUUUCGUCGUCAUGUGUCUAGCAUACACAGCCAUUUUCGUCGCAGCCUGGAACGCCUACUUCCCCACCUAUGCUGAGCAAAUCAUAUGGAGAAUAUCAAGCUUGUCACUUAUAGCCACAGUUGUUCUCUACUUCGUCAUCACCGCCUUUGCGUGGGUAGUUUGCCCCGCACUUCACCGAUACUUUCAUCCCAAAGCAACUUCAAGGCUCGAGGUAUCACCGCAAUCAUCAUCGUCUGAGAAUAAGGGAAAGCCAGCACCAAUACACCAGCUCCAAACACCUCCUUUUAAGCGUCUGAAACCUCGCUCAAGGCUCUCAGCUAUCGCAGCUAGUCUGAGGAACAAUUCUGUCCUAAAAGAUCCGUUGCUGGACGUCCCUCUGAAGGCAACAUUGCCUAUCUAUGUAGUGGCGUUCUUUUACUGUUCCUCGCGUACGCUGAUACUGAUAUUGGACAUGAUUCAGUUGCGUUCUUUGCCUACGAGCGCGUUUGAUACCGUAAAUUGGGGUGCAUUCCUUCCUCAUUUCUCUUAAC